AUGUUCUAUUUCAAAUGUUUAUCAACCCAAGCAGCUGUAAUGUUGACGGGUUUUCUGACCUGUUGCGUGAUUAUCUGGUGCAUGGUCAUUCAGUACAAAAUGAUUGAGCUUCAACAUGGCCUUGAUCAACUGGAAAGCGAAAUGUUAUCUCAACCACAGCUCACAGAAAUAAAGAAUUGGCAAAAUUUUCAUAGAAAAUCUCUGAGAAAUUUAGAAACAGAAUUACAAAAUCUGAAAUAUUCUACAAAAAACUUGGACCACUCUGUAGAAGAACAAAGGAGUCUAGUCAAGACGACAAUAGACAAACAGCUUCAACUGCGCGAGGACAUGACAAAAUGUUCCGAAGGUUUGCUCAACCUACAUACAGUGUAUGCAGAACAUUUCACGUACCCACAAGCAUACGUAGAUAAGGCAAAGAAUGACCUGAAACUUUACUUUGAAGUUGAACGAGGAAAAAUAUUCGAGAGACUUUAUAAAGAAAAGUUACACAACUUCAAUGAAAUGCUUGAGACUCACUUGACUAACUUUCAUAAUGGCUCUACUGAAGAAGAGAACUGUAAUUCAUCUAACAUACUUUCAUCAGAACCACGUUUGACAAAGAAAGUCCUUGCACAGAUAAUAUAUGAAUUAAAGAGAUCUAUACAUUACUGGACAAUGACGUCACAAAGUACCUUGCAUUUUUUACAAAGAAUUAUACACCAUCAGGACUCAGAAAUAGUAAAGGUUAGAAUAUGGACUGUGAAUCUCCUCCGACAAAAGUUUAAACAUAAUGAAAAGUCCAUAGAGUCAUUAAAUGUGCAAUUGAGAAGUUAUAAACAAGGCAUAAUGGUUUUGAACGAUUCAAUUGAUACAAUUAAAAACUUGACUUUCUCUUACCCAAGUCUUGCAUGCAUAUAA